CCGUUGUGUGGUGGUUAAACAAAAAAGCACGUGCUACUAAAUGUCAGGAAUGUACGCGCCAAUGUGAAAUAUUGCACGCGAGUAGAGCGUUCCUUUGCUGGGAAAACCGGGGCAAAAUACCCUUGGAUUCCUUCAAGUUCUCAAGGUCAAAACGGAAAAGAGACAAUGUGUGCAGAUUCUCUACAAACGAGCUCGGUCUCGAAGGGCUGCUUUGUUUUCAAAGCCAAAAAGGCAAAGAAAGCAUUGAACCCUGGAGACUACAUGUGCCAAGACGGCAGGGACUCGGAGGCCGAUUGGUUCAGGUUCAACACUUAUGAAGCAUUGUGGGAUAUGGUCAGUGAAGACAUAGAGACGAUGCAGUCAAAGGUCAAUAAGGAGAUCUUCACAGACCUCAUCCAGUUUGUCAAGAAUGGGCAGGGGGGAUACCACCCUGACAGUGCGUCGUCACGGCAACGACCUCAGCGGGCCAUUAAGGAGAUUCCGACAGCGGCCUUCAUUGCAGGUGUUAACGUGACGGACCACAGUGCAACGUUUGCCGCUAUCACUGCCCAGCUGAAGAGCCUAGUGACUCCCCAUGUUGCUAACCUUUUGUCCCGAGACUGCAACAACCUCCGUGCACUGAUGUCCAACCUGGUGUCCCAGCUUAUGGGUACCGAUGACGUCAUAAGUGAUGAGGAGGAAGAACUGAACAUCAAGAAAAUACCGCCGACAAUGCCGGUGCUAAGGGCAUGGUACCAUGACACUGCAAAGAAAAGAAAGACACAACAGCAAGAGGCCUCGCCUCCCAAGCUGGCCAAGAAGUCUCCCAAGAGCAAGAGAAGACGAUCGAGCAGCGUGCUCAACAAAAACUAUGCAGAGUUUCCACCCAUCGUCGUGCUGUUUGAAGACUUGGAGAGCUUCACUCCACGAGUCCUGCAAGAUUUCAUACUAAUCUGCAGCGAGUACCUAUCAGAGCUCCCUCUAGUGUUGAUCUUUGGCAUAGCCACAUCAGUGACUGCCAUCCAUCGCAUCCUGCCCCAGGCUGUCUCCUCCCUGCUGAGUAUUGAGAAGUUCCAGGCCAAGCCCUCAACGGCCUAUCUCAGCCAGCUCAUCAGCAAGGUUCUGCUGACCCCGUCCCAUCCCUUCAAGCUCGGCCACAAAGUCUUCCAACUGCUCCUGGACAUAUUCCUCUUCCACGAUUUCUCCGUGAUCAACUUUGUCAAAGGACUGCAGUUCUCCAUGAUGGACCAUUUCUUCAGCCACCCUCUCAGCUUGUUGUGCUGUAACCAUGGUGAGGCUCUCAUCAGACUACGCACAAUGGGCCACAAUGACCUAGAGCUGUUCAGACAAGCAGCCUCAUUCAGAACGUAUGUUGAGAAUCAACCUCCAGAACAACAGAGGGCGCUGUUAUUGGAUGACAAACAUCUUAAGAAAACACUCCAGGAACUGCUCAAGAAGCUGGUAGAUUACCACAGGGCGUUCUAUCCACUGAUGGAAUGCCUGAACAUCCUAACAGGUCACCUGCCCCACCACCCACUGGGAAAGCAACAGCGGGAGCUGUACUCAAUGUGCUUGGGGGGGAACAUAUGGGAAAGCCCUGGCUACAAGGAGGCAUUCGGUCUGCUUAAACUGAUGGCCAGAGAUGAGCUGAUGACCUUGAUGGAAUCUUGCAUUGAAAGACUGACACGCAGCGAUAACCCGGUGCAGGAUGCCAGAUUUCAGCUGGAGACAUUACACACACGGCUGGCAACGAUCACAGAGGGUGAUCACCAGCCUAUUGAUGAUGUGCAGGAAGAAACCAGUGAGGAGUCAGGAUCCAAGACCGAGCGUGUCACCCUGCGCUCCCUGCAGCAGAAACUGAUGGAGUCGGUGAAAAAGACGCGCAAACCGACACGCUAUGAGAGCCUUGUAAAUGAGACACUAGAAUACUUGGAUUUAGGUUUCAGAAAGUAUCUGGUUUGUCCGCUAAAUCUGACAUUCCAUGAGAUCUUUUAUUACAACUCUGUAACUGAUGUGAGACGCCACAUCAACGCUUCGCCUAGAGCCGCAAUACAGACAGCCCUGAAUAACCCAUAUCACUACCUACAGAGUGAGUCGUGUAAAGCAGAGGCUGGGGGAGUCCUGAGCACGAUGCCUGAUGUCUGUAUCGCCUACAAGCUGCAUAUGGAGUGUGGGCGACUCAUCAACCUCUAUGACUGGCUACAGGCCUUCAUCACUGUGGUAACAGGAGAACAAGACGAGGAUGGCAGUUCCCACGGCAACAGCAAGAAACCAAAUCCACAGCUGCAGGCUCGGUUCAUCCGUGCCGUAUCCGAACUCCAGUUUCUGGGAUUCAUCAAGGCGACACGGAAGAAGACAGAUCACGUAUCCAGGCUGACAUGGGGUGGAAUAUGACGAACACACGGAUACCUCGGGUAAAGUGCUGAAGAUCAGCUCGUCUCGAAUGUGAGGCUCGUUUUUGAGAUGGAUGGUUCAUGGUAUGAGUCAGUAACAGAUGGUUGUCCAAGUACAGUAACAUCCACUUCAUGGAUUGUGUGUGGCAUUUAUUAUUCAUAAGUGGGACUGAGCCAUGUGGAAACUGUCCACCUGGACAAUUUUGACACAGUUGUGGGGACUUUUGACUGUCCCCUAGUGUUUUUGGUCCUUCAUCAGGUGUGCGGUCCCCACAGGUAUGGAACAAGUAUGCAUGGUCGUGUGUGGCCUAUUCACAAAUUCCAUGUGAUGACAUUUAGAGUAACGUACAACACAAAGGGUUUUCGCAACAAGUGAUUUUACAAGUGCUUGACAAAUUUCAUAAUUCUAAUUGUGCACAGAAAAGGAUUUGCAAUCUGUGUAUUUAGAUGGUUUACUGUAGCACCAUGUGACAAAUCUCUUUUGUGAGUUUGUGAGGUUCUAAAACGAACCGAGAACAACUUGUUUCGGACGGUAUACUCUGCCUGUCACCAGGAGACCCUGCAAGCCUUCAAAUCUUAUUUCAAUCUGUGCAUUCACAGGUAUGAAUAUGACCAAAAAUUACCAAUUUCUGCAUAGAAUAUAUAUUUUUUGUUUAUAAAAAUUGUCAUUUUUUUCAUUUGUGUAAUAAAAUAACUAUGCAAAAGAAAUAAAACAAAUUGUUUUUCCUGUCUCAAGUUUUAUUCUUGCAUUAAUUUUAUUCCACAGGUUUACAUCAUUAUUAUGGCCACGUUUAUUGUCACUCCUAGACAGAGUUGAAGAAAGAAAUCAGAUGAAAAAUUAUUGGUUUCAUUUUUGUUUAUCAAAUUUAUAAUUAUCUUAUGUUUAUAGUGUAAAUGAUUAAGCCAUAUCCCUCACCUGAAUCUACAUACAUCAACUGGUAAUGGCAUCGUAUUUCCAAUCACCACAAAAAAGUGAAAAAAAUAACAAUUAAAAAAUUAGAAACACUGUGUAUUGCAGCAUAGCAUGAAAGGGCAUUAAACUGUGUAAUAAGGUAGACGUACAAGGUACAAUUCUCGCGUCAUAGUUUUCAGUUUUUAAAGUAAUAUAAAAUUAAAUACAAAAAGACAUAUUUUGUAAAUGUUCCUCUCGUUUUCAUUGCGAUGUUUCAACACUUAUAAGGUGCUACAUAAUGGGUCUCAUAUUUCUCAUCAACUUCAUUUCUUGUCUUGAAUAACAGACAUAAUUUCCAGCGCCUUGAGUACCUAAUUGUAGGUAGAUACGUGCGCUAUAUAAGACUCCGGUAUUAUUAUUUAUUAUUAACAGAGUACCCAAAGACAAAUUACUCGUGAGUAGUCGAUUGCUCAUGAGUAGUUAACUGAAUUCCCAAAAAAGCAGAAAAAUGACAUUUGCAAGUUAUUACGAUGUGAAUUCUUCCAAAGUAACAAGCAAAUUGCAUGCAAGUCACCGCACAUUCGCACCGAGUCAUUUCUUGUUGACUUGGUCAAUCAUACUCCUUAAAAAAAAAAAUAGCUACUCGCAAGUACAUGCUUCUGCUCAUGCCAUGGCGAGUACUCGAGUAGAUGAAAAACUCACAAGUAGAAUGAGUAGCAUAAACUACUCAUGAGUACUCCAGGUACUCGCCCAGCAGUAGUACUGAAACACAGCCUCUCAGUGCUAAGCCAUUGUAUGAAUUGAGGAACUUUUUUCCCUUUGAAUAUAUCAACUGGUAAUGGUAUUGAACUGAAAAAA